GGUUGAAGCAGGAGACUGCCAAACCCACACGAGCGGCCUCUGCUCUCAGGUCUCAACCUGGUCCUGGACCCAUCCACGCCAGUCUCGCUCACUCCAGUCCUUCCUGGGCAGGCAAGGCAAGUUUGAGCCUACAAUGAUCCCGGCCCAUUGCCAUGUCCAUCUCUCUAAAAGGCUAGGCACUCGUCCAUCCAACACAAGCUGACAGAGAGAGCUAGCAACGCUCUGCAAGAUCCGCCAUCUAAACUUUGCAGCACUCUACUCCACCACUCUCCUCCGUCUGCGACUGCGACUAGGUCCCAAAUGGCCGCUCCACCGGUGGCCGCCGCUCUGUCUGCGCUCCAUGAGGCACAAGAGACCCACGGCCAUGACGACAGCCGCGCUGGGCACGCGAGAGGCCACUGGCGGCCAGCCGAGGAUGCCAAGCUCAAGGACCUCGUGGCGCUGUACGGCCCCAAGAACUGGAACCUCAUCGCCAGCAAACUCCACGGCAGAUCAGGGAAAAGCUGCCGGCUGCGGUGGUUCAACCAGCUGGACCCGCGGGUCAACCGCCGCCCGUUCUCGGCGGCGGAGGAGCAGCGGCUGGUGGCGGCGCACCGCGCCCACGGCAACAAGUGGGCGCUCAUCGCGCGCCUCUUCCCAGGCCGCACCGACAACGCCGUCAAGAACCACUGGCACGUCCUCACGGCGCGCAGGCAGCGGGAGCGGACCGGCGCGCCGCCGCGCCGACGCAAGCCCUCCUCGUCGUCACCCGCCGCCCACCACCACCGUGCACCAUCUCCUCUGCCGUUCUGCGCCGGCAAGGCCACCCGACCCCGCUCGUGCGGCGACGGCGACGGCGACGGCGGCGGGUCCGACGAGUCCGCGUCGUCCACCUCCUCCGGCACCGACCUCUCCUCCCUAGGCUCCGUGUGCGCCGCCGCCGUCCCCUGCUUCCACUUCCACCGCCGGCGCCAGAGCCAGAGCUCGUGCGACGGCACGACGUGCGCGUGCCUCCUCGGCUCCUCCUCGGCCUCGCCACUGCUGCGCUGCAUCAUGCUUCGCUCCGUUCCGUCGCCUGCAGCGGCUUCCGACGGCGGCGGAUGUGGAAAGCUCGCCGCCCUGCCCUUCUUCGACUUCCUGGGCGUUGGCGCGACGUGAUCGAUCGUAGCCCCAGUGAACACUGAUCAGGAUGAACUACGAAGCCAGGCUCACGUUCUCGACAAAAAAAAAGGAGUCUUUUACCGUCCAAAGAACAGAGUAGUUUACCUUUUUCUUUACUUGAAUAUGGUUUGAUUUGAAUUUUGGCAUAGGAUAUGCUGUAGAGGAGUCGUCCUGAACUCCGCGCGGCUGCCAUGCAUGCGCUAGCCACCCGGCCGGCCGGGAAUUCCCAGAGUCGUCAAAGACCGUCAUGUGAAAA